AUGGCCUCCAGAUCCCCGACAGUUGUCACUCCACUCCCCAAGUCCUCGGUCGCGCCCGAGACGCCCCUGGUGAAAGAACCCGCGACCGCGCCGCAACCCGUUCCGUUUCCUCCCCCACAGACCUUUGACAUUAUCCCGCCUUUGCACGGACUUCUUCUUCGACUCUUGCCGUCGGAAGCGAAUACUGGGAACGGUGUGGGACACUCGAAAGAUCCGACCGGAGCCGCAGGCUCUUCCGUUCAGUCCCAGCAGCAGCAAUCGCAAUCUGGUCCUGGGAACGAUGCCGGUCAUGGAGCGUUACCGACUGUUUCUUCUGGCGCACCGGUCAGCGCCGCGGCUGCCGCUGAGAUCGCCGCACUGAGUUCGAGCGCACCUCCGCCAUUAGACAUCAAGAACCUGCCUACCGAGGUCAGCUCAAUCAAGAUCCACGUCCAGAAAGCGCAGGCUGUCGUGGAGGGAUUGCCCGAUGUGGAUCGGUCGGUGGCUGAUCAGGAAGCCGAAAUCGAGGAGCUCGAAGACCGAAUCGCUCGACUGAAAUCCGUCAUCGCUGAUUUCGGGAAGAGAGCAGCCCCUCAAAACCGUGAGAAGUCAAUGCACAAAGCGUCCUGA